AAAGUGUAAACACAAAUUUGAACGUGACAUUAAUAUAAUUGCAUCUAUGCAUAGACAGGCAAGGCUGACAAGAUCAAGAACAUUCAUUAGCACCUUAUUUGAUCGUGGGCAGCUUUAUCAAGGAGACCUUAUCACCAUUUUUAAAGUAAUCGCCAUUACCAGAAGAUGGGGAAAGUACAGGUUUAUUGUGGAGUGCUCGUACAUGCUACAAAGGACGAGUGCAUGCAAAUCUUGCAGAAACAUGCAAUCGCUGUGAAAGACGGAAAGAUUGUUUUUGUGGAAGACAUAGAGAAAUUUCAACAGAGAACGAAUGAAAAGGAGCAUGAAAUUAUAGAAAUUGGUGAAAAUGCGUUUCUUAUGCCGGGGAUGAUUGACACUCAUAUCCAUGCCCCUCAAUAUCCAAACGCUGGUAAGGGCCUGGAUAGGGGCCUGUUGGAAUGGCUCAAGUCUUACACAUUCCCCACGGAAGCCAAAUUCCAGGAACUUGAAUUUGCUAAAACUGUCUACAAAAGGGUUGUGGGGCGAACUUUAGAGAAUGGGACAACAAUGGCCAGUUAUUACGGGACGAUCCAUCUAGAAGCAUGUCUGGCAUUGUGUGACAUCAUAGAUGAGAGGGGUCAGAGGGCACUGGUUGGGAAAGUGAACAUGAAUACCAACUCCCCGGACUACUAUAUAGAAGAGUCUGUGGAUAAAUCUGUUUCCGAGACACGGAAGUUCGUUGAUGCAGUUUCACAUAAAAAGUAUUCCCGUGUGUUGCCGAUUAUUACGCCACGCUUUGCCCUCAGUUGCAGCCAACAGUUAUUGGAUGCCCUAGGACUUCUCUCCAUUGAGAUGGACUUGCAUGUACAGACACACAUAUCUGAAACAAAGGACGAAUGUGAAGCUGUGCGGAAAAUGUUUCCUGAUUAUGAAAGCUAUUUAGAUGUCUAUGACAAAGCCGGGCUCAUCCAUAACAAGACUGUACUAGGCCACGGAAUCUAUUUGUCUGAUAAAGAAAGAAAGAAAAUAAAGGAGAAAGGGGCAUCUAUAUCGCAUUGUCCUAACUCCAAUUUAUCGAUAAGAAGUGGAAUUUUGAAUGCCCGCCAAUGUCUUUCAGAAGGGAUCAAAAUAGGACUUGGUACAGAUGUGUCUGGAGGAUACAGCCCCUCGAUGCUGGAUGCGAUGAGGACAGCUAUACAUACAUCCAACAUGUGGUCAAUUAAGGACCCCGCCCAUAAAGCCAUCACUCACAGAGAAGCCUUUAUGAUGGCCACGUAUGGAGGAAGUCAGGCUUUAGCCAUCGAUCACGUGGUGGGGAACUUUGAGGUUGGGAAGGAGUUUGACGCUCUCCUAAUUAAAGUCGAUAGUCCAGGCUCGCAGAUCGAUGUCUUCAAGGAGGAUACCCCAGAAGACCUCAUACAAAAGUUCAUCUUUCUCGGUGACAGCAGAAAUAUCCAGAAAGUAUUUGUUAAUGGAGAGGAUGUUUUACAACGGAAGACUGGCGACAAGGUGGUCUAAUCGCGAAAUGCCAUCCAGAAAUAUGUCAAUUAUAUUUGUGUAAAUUUACACAAAUUAUGCAAAUUUGAAGUCAUUCUUAGUCAUGAUGUGCCUUAACUAAAUGUGAUUAUUGAUUGAGGAAGAAUUUGAAGUUUUAAGUUUCAGUCUUACAUUUGAAGCCAUUAUAGUUAAAAAUCAAGAGCCAAUAGACAGCUUCAAAUGAGGAAGUUCUCGAAAACUAUUAAUGUUAUUACACGGUUUAAGGGGGAAACAUAAAAAAAAAAAAUCAUGAGUUGAAGAAUUAAAGAUAUCUUGGAGGAUACUGAAAUUUGAAUUUUCAAAAACUUUUUUUUAUUUUGGAGAUAACAAAUACAUGUAGUAGUACUGAGUUUACAAUUAUUUGAUAAAUUGUCUUUGCGUUUGCAAUUAUCUAAAAUAUCAAUGAAGCGCGCGCACACACACACUUAUCGGGGAUCUAUUUUUUGCAGGCCUAAUACAUUUACAUGUACAGGUGUGUAUCUUUCGUCAGUGUUUAUUAAACUCUCUAUUUCUUUCUCUCUCUCUCUCUGCUCAAUUUGAUGAUCUUGUACUUUUUAUUUUUAUCUAAUAAGUUUUUUGAGAGGAAUAUUGAAUUUGUUAGUCUAGGUCAGAUGGGAUUUUAUUUUAUUUUUUUAUUAUCAGAUUUACACAUUUUACAGUCAUUCCUCUAUGUAAUUCACAUUUUGCAUUAAAAAGCACAGAUGAUGUGAAUUUCUCUCUCGGUAUUUUUACAUACAAUGUAUGGAGUUUAUUGUGUGUACUAUUUACGGUAUAUGUUAUUUUUUGUAUAGUAUAGGCUAUUUUUAUUGUAUGUGCUAUUUCUAUUGUGUGAUGUACAUAUACUUGUCUAUGUGGUUGUGUUGGACACUCUACGGUGUAACACGACAUUGUAUUUUAUUUCUGGUCACAACUUUCCAUCAAUAAUUAAUUGUGAUAUGCGCACGUGUAACACGUGAUUUACGUUUGUUGAUGUACAUGUAAAAUGACUUCGUUUUCUAAAUCUUCUAUACAGAAAAAAAUCGUAUAAUAUUCGAUUACAGCGCAUUAUUAACAAAAUAAAAAAUAAUGGCAAUAGUGACCAUUGCAGGUGGCGGUACAUGUAGAUGGGCAGUUUUCAAAUCAUCUCAAUAACACAUUGCUGUCAUCAUAGACAAUGAAUACAUGUUUGUUGCAAACUAGUUCAUCCUCUUUUUUUUUUUUUUUUUUGGUACCACCUGUCCGCGUAAUCAUUACCAAAUAUGGAGCGUUGCCAAGGUUGGGGGAGGGGGUAUUGGUAUUGGCUGUUCAGUUUAAAGUAACGAAAUGAUGAACGCUAUAUUCUAAUAUUUAAAUCUAGUCUAUAUUAUAAAACUAAAGAAAAGUAAAAACGAUAAAAUGUCUUUCUUUGUUGUUUUAUAGGGUGAUGAGGGUAGCAAUCAUUGCAUUAAAAUUUGCAUAACCCGCUUACACGGGCUAUGAAAUGCUUAUUCAUUUCAAUUCAAUUCUUUAUUGUCCUUGAGUUAUACAACUCGUCGGAAUACAUCUAGUACAUGUACAUUUGUAUACACAAUAUAUCUAAUUGUAUAAGAUAAACAGCAGGUAAGUGGACAGGGGAAGAUAGGAGGAGAAGAAAUUACAAAUAAAAAUAAUAUAUAUGUAAUCGCAUUAUGAGAUGCACAUGUUAUUAUAAAAAUACUAUAAUUACAUUAUUGAUUUACAUGCUAUGCUAGCUACCUUCAUCACCCUAUAAAACAACAAAGACAGCAUUUCUUUGUUUAAAUGUAUCACAUUGUAUAUGUGCAUUGUGAUAAAUCUGUUUCGUGCUAAUUUAAAGCCAAAAAUCUACCUUGACCCAAUUCUCGCGAUGAAUAUUGUUCAAUCUGUGUUGAAAUGUAGAUGCACUUACAUUCAGAGUAGCAAUUGAAUAUUAUGAUGGAAGUGUGUGAUGUAAUGUAUCAUUUAGGUUUGUAAAACACACAACCUACAUGUUGCCAGCUAAAUAUAGGAGAAUAGGUUGUAUGUUGCAUUGUUAUAACAUGAUAAUUAUUUAAUCAAUGUUGUUUUGAGUAAACUUAUUGCAAAUGUA